AGAGUACCAAUCCACGAUUCCAGAGCGUGCGGCAUAAGAGAGGGGGAGAGGACACCCCCGCCGCCUCCUCAUCCACCGCUCGAUCGUACACCGCCGUCGCAGCAGCGAGCAGCGGGCCAUGGGCCUCUUCGGCGGCAAGAGCACCUCCAAGCAGACCGCCAAGCUCAAGUCCCUGAUCAAGCUCGCCGUGGCUCGCCUCGCCGUCGCCCGCAAGCCCCGUCUCGGCCGCCGUUCCAUUGCCCGCGGCGAUGUCGCGCAGCUUCUCUCCAUCGGCCACCUCGACCGCGCUCUCAUCCGAGCAGAGCAGGUCGUCGACGAGAGCAACAUGCUGGAGGUGUUGGACAUCCUAGAGCUCUACUGCAAGAUCCUCAUCGAGCAGAUUGCGCAGCUAGAUAAGCCCAAAGAGUGCAGCGAGGAGAUCAAGGAGGCGGCGGCGGGGCUCAUGUUCGCGUCGGCGCGGUGCGGCGACUUGCCGGAGCUGCUGGACGCGCGGGCCAUCCUGGCGGACAAGUUCGGCCGGGACUUCGCCGUGGCGGCCAAGGAGGGCGUCCACGGUGUCGUCGAUCCUACGUUGUUGCGGAAGUUGUCCGGCGCGCUGGCGAGCACGGAGCAGAAGCAGAGGCUCGCCAAGGAGAUCGCCGCCGAGAACGACAUCUUACUGGAAUUUCCCGAUAGCCCUGGAGAGAUCGAUCAGGGCAAGAAGAAUGAACAGGCCAAGAACCUGCGAGCUGAACAUUUUGUCAAACAGAGUGAGGUCAGUAGGGAGAGCUUGCGAGCUCAACAAUUUGUCAAACAGAGUGAGGUCAAGAGGGAGCAUUACGAGGUUCAGGGGAGGCAGAGGUUUGUUGACGAAGAAGUGAAACCGAGGCAAGAGCAGUACGUCGACGCGAGGAGGGCGGCGGAGGCGGCCUUCCAGUCGGCCUCGUUCGCCGCGAUGGCCGCGCGGGCGGCCGUCGAGCUCUCGCGGUUGGAGACCCAGGGGAAAGGAUCGAGAGGCGGUGGCUACGAGAAGGUGCAUCCAGUGCAGAAUUCAGCUGCAGGUGACAAAGAGGCGGCGCCGCCCCACUGGAAGCCCCAGAAGCCUCCGUCGCCGCUGCCGUCGCCGUCGUGGAGCGACAGGAGCACGGCGACAUCGGUCGGGUCCGAGGGGGCGCAGAAGGGGAAGGGCGUCGUGUUUGACGAGAGCGACGAUGAAGUGGAGGACGUCGCGUGGGCUCGCCAAGUGCCCCGGUCUCCCAACAGGAGGACGGCCUCCACGAUUGGCAUCGGCGGCGACCCGCGGCCGUUCCAGGACGGCGUGUACAACAAUUGGCAGCACGCGCGCCCGCCGCACAUGAGGCACGCCUCGGAGCUCAGUGCCGGCACCGCUCCUCCCCGCGAGCCCCUGGCGCCCCAACGUGGCCAGUACAGGGACCCGCCGUACAGGAGGGACCCAGCCCCGGUCUACAACGGCGUCGGGCGGGCGCAGCGUCGCGAGGAGGAGGAGGACUCCAACAGCAGGCGGCCGCGGCACCCGGACGGCGCCGCCGCCGGAGCCAGGCCGUACGAGAGCUCGGCCUACGUCCACCCGCCGUACGCUCGGGUCGUGUCCGCGCUGGAGGGCAGCAACGAGCACAUCGCGCGGCACGAGGAGGUGCGCAGGAUCGGCACCGGCGAGCGGGUGCUCCAGGAGCGGGUGUACGGCGGCGCGCCGCUGAGCCAGGAGAGUAGGGCCAACUCGGUGCGCACCAGAAGAUGAGGUCAGGUGUCUUGUGGACUUCAGCUCAGUUGGCGCAGCGCCAUUGAAGGUCAGCUCGGCCGUUGAGUUCCGGUGCAGGAGAACUGGGGCCGUUGUUUUGCCGGCAAACAGGAGGUUCGUUGGCGUCGUCGCGGGAUCCCUGGAGAGCUAUCCUGCUUCGGGGAAAUCAAAUGUGUGUAAAUUAUAUGGACUGCGCUAGAAACGAAGAGAUUCUACUCCAGACUACGGAGUGCACACGCAGGGUUGCAGCAUUGGCAUGUGAAUAUGGGAUAGAUUUCCAUUUUUUCCAUGUAAAAUAGGGGGUGAGUUUUGCACUACGUUUUGCGAAAGUCUCUUUGCGAAAGGAGACGGGUUAACUGCUGGGUCUAGCGGUGAGAGGUGAAUUGGACGGUACAAUUGAU